AUGGAGGGUUUUGAUUAUUAUAAUGAUAAUAACGUGAAGAAGGAAGAGAAGUAUGCAGGAUUGAUCGGCGGCGGCGGCGGCGUCGGAGAAAUCAAGAAGCUGCUUCGAGUUGUUGAAAUCUGCCUGGUUCUUGUUUCGGUGACGUGGGCAGCCAGCCGGCUGCCUUUCGCCGUUAGAAUCUCCGGCGAGUACUUCCGGUGGCUGGUGAACGUCGUCGUCAGCCAUCUAUUCGUUUUCCUCCUCGGCAAUGCCAUAAUCCUCAUCCUCUUCUUCAAAUCCCGCCACCUCUUUCUCCAGCAGGAUAGUAAUAUCAUUACCCAAUCCCAGAUCGCCGUUUUCUGCCACGAAUUCAUCGACAACAGUGACGCCGGCGCCGGCGACGACGCCGGUAUGUCUAGGCCGGAGGAGAUAGUUGUGUACCAAGACAAGCAGACAAUUCUCGAAGUGGUUAGAGUUCACCGGAGGAGUCAGUCGUCGGAGAAUUUAAGGGUUUCAGAUGCAGGUGGAUGUGAGAAGCAGCUGCGGCGGUCGGAGACGGAGAAGCAGCGGAAGGUGGUGGUGGAGGAGACGGCGGCGGCGGAGGAGAAUGUGGAAGUGGUGGAUGAAUUGAGCAAUGAGGAGUUUCAGAGAGCGAUAGAUGCAUUUAUUGCUAAGCAAAUUAAGUUUCGUCAACAAGAAAAGCUUGCUAUUGUUCCUCAUCAUGGCGCCUGCCUUUGA